AUGCCUCCAAACCGGUGGGAGAAGACCAAGAGCAUUUCAAAAAAGGGCUUCGACAAAGCAUGGGAUACCGUCGACAAGCUCGGCGGCCCCGUCAACCGCUUAUCCCACAAACUGGGAGCUGAAGCCUUCUGGCCCAUGACGAUUGAUAAAGAAGCCGAUAAAGCCGCACGCAUCCUGCGCAGCUUCUGCAGAGAUGGAUUCUAUGCUCCCGAUUCCUCAACCGGCACCGAUGAGAAUGGCAAGAUCAAUCGCCCCACGGGCAAGCAGCGCGUCAUCCAGAAAAUCCCAGCAAAAGUCCUCAAAAGGGCCAAGGGAAUCGCCAUCUUCACGACCAUGCGCACAGGUCUGUGGGUGAGUGGCUCUGGCGGCAGUGGCGUGCUGAUCGGUCGCCUCCCCGACACCGGCGCAUGGAGUCCGCCAUCUGGUAUUAUGUUACACACGGCCGGGAUAGGCUUCCUCGCUGGCGUUGAUAUUUAUGACUGCGUGGUAAUAAUCAACACCUAUGAAGCGUUGGACGCAUUCAAGAAAUUCCGCUGCACGGUCGGCGGCGAGGUCAGCGUAGUUGCGGGCCCUGUAGGUGUCGGUGGUGUCCUCGAAUCCGAGGUUCACAAACGUCAGGCGCCAAUUUGGACAUAUAUGAAGAGCAAAGGGCUGUACGCAGGUGUCGCGAUCGACGGCACUGUUAUUAUUGAGCGAACUGACGAGAACGAACGCUUCUACGGCGAGCGCAUAUCCGUCGACGAGAUUCUCUCCGGCAAAGUUCGGCAUCCACCUCGCGAGCUCGAUACCCUCAUGCAAACCUUAAAGGCCGCGCAGGGCGACUCUGACGUUGACGAGAGUCUCAUUCCGCCACCAGGCGAAACACCUGGCGAUAUGGAGCUGACGGAAGACGGUCAACAUAUCUUCGGCGUGCCGGCUGUGGACGAUCCCGAUCCGUAUGGAGUGAAGGCGCUGGAGGCGGAGGGGCUUUUCAUUCGCGAGGCCGGCACAAAAGUAAGACCAAGCUAUGAGACUUUUGAGUUUCGCCCCAACCUGGACAGUCCCGUUUAUAGCACUUUCUCGCGGCGCAGUAUGGAUAGCUCGCCGCGUAAUAGCUGGCGCGCCAGUGUGCAGAGCUCCAAGAGUUAUGCUAGUGUCGACCGUGGCACGCAGACUGAUGACGCCCCGCUAACUGAGCCCACAUCAGUGAGCCGUGCAACUUCUCCCAGCACGAAGGGAUCGCCUAUCGGCCGUCCACCGAAGAGUGUCUGGAACGAAGAUGAGGAUUCCGCUCAGUGGGAUACGAUUGCUAUUCACGACAAUGAAGAGCACGCGAAGGUGCGGCAAUUGGAGGGCCAGGAGGCGGAGGAUAGAAGAGCGAAAGCAAACGCCUGCGAAGAUUUGCACGAUGAUCCCGAGCUUGACGAUGACGACGAGCACUUUGAGGUCCACGAGGUUAGCAAUGCCAAGAUCACAGCAAGGGAGAAUAUCCCGGCCUCGCCCACGAAGGUGGAGGACCAGACGACAAAUGGUGAAACAAAGGCUGCGUCGCCGACCUUCACCCGCGCUCGUCUGGUCACCAUCCCGGCCCGCACCCCACCUACCUUGCCUCCGCGGCACCCACGCCAUAUUUGGGGCUCUGGCUCAAGCCGUGCUUCAACAUCGCCUACGGCUCUCUCGCGUUCAAGCCGUAAUACCUCACGCACAGACGUCACCGAGUCGGCAGACAAUCUCGAACAUGUGGAUGAAACCUCGCACGUGCUUCCAUCCCCGCAGAAGGCCAAGAGCUCUUCUAAUAUUCCUGCCACGAGCGACGAUGAGGAGUUUGUUGACACAAAAUCGGAGCCUCCGGCCGAGAAGGACGAGUUCCACUCUGUCAAUGGCGAGUCGCAAAUCGAAGAUUACAUCGUUACCCUCGAAGACCACACUGCCACCGAGACUGCUGAGCAGGGGGGCAAGACGGACAAAAAGGAUGAGAAGGAAGACGAGAUGAAACUCGAGCCUGAACAAUCUCCUCAGCCCAUGAAGUCUCCCGACGUUCCCAAGCUUGCACCCAAUAUCGAGGAUACCCCGGAGGUCGAAGAGACCCUCGACAAGAUUGAAGCCAAGCUUCAAGCUGAGAUUGACGAACCCGAAGGACACAAGUCUGAAAGGUCAUAUUCACACAUCGUUGCUGACCGCGAAGAACACGAAGAGUCUCCUGGUGGGACUGAACUCGAUACCACCUUGCCCCAUGCCAGGGCUGAGUGA